UAAUCCGAGUCAAGUCAGGCGCAAGAACAAAAAUCAUUCUGUAACUCGCAACACCCAAGGCCACCAGCAGCGAGGGCCACAGGCAGAAAGGCCUCAACAGCGUUCGCCGGAGGCUAUGUAUUUAAGCAGGUACGUACAAGGCAACAUCGCGCGGUCUUCGCUGAAUAUAUGCAUGACGCAUCUAGCGCGUUUUGGCGGGGCCCCCCAGAUGAUGGCAAACAAAAUUGGGAAGGAGGACGCCGUGAGGAACGCCGCAAUCUGGACGAACGUGCAUCUCGGAGAGCCGGAGGAACCGAUCGGCUUCGGGUUAAGCGUAGCUCCGUUAAGGUUGAGGGUGAGGACGAGGAGUUCAUUAAGGUCGGCCACGAGAUGUGCCCUACUCACAUGUGGCCCCCGGGGAGUGUGUGUUUAUUAUCUGCAAAGCUCUGCUCUUUCCACUGAACCCCUUCACGGCAUUGUUGUGUUUCGCACAGGUACACUUUUAGGAUUCAAUAUUCAGGAGCUGCCUUAAAAAUAGCAUAUGACGCAUUUCUCGCACGUAUUGAACCACUCCGUGCUUAACGUACGACAUUGGUUGGCCCGAACAUUGAAAGUACGCACGAUCCUACAAGUACAUUGGCAAGAAUAUUUCAGAAUUCGCUACACUUCGGC